AUUUGGUUUUUAGUUUAUUUUUCGGAACAUUUGUUUUACAUGGUAUUUUAUAAUGCUGGACAAAGUGAAACAUAUAAUCCUUGUUCUCUCCGGAAAAGGCGGUGUCGGAAAGUCUACAGUGAGUACGCAGCUCGCGUUAACCUUAUCGGAAUCCGGUUAUAAGGUUGGCUUAUUAGACAUUGACCUGUGCGGUCCCAGCAUUCCAUUCUUACUAGGACUAGAAGAUCACGAUGUUCACCAAUGCGAAGAAGGAUGGGUACCGGUUUAUACCAGUGCCGAACAGAAACUGGCCGUAAUGUCGAUUGGGUUUCUGCUGAAGAACCGAACCGAAGCCGUUAUUUGGCGAGGACCCAAGAAGACUGCAAUGAUCAAACAGUUUUUAGAGGACGUCGCUUGGGAUGAGUUAGAUUAUCUCAUUAUUGAUACUCCUCCGGGCACUUCGGACGAACACAUCACGGUCAUGGAAAACUUAAAGGGAGUAAACGCAGAUGGUGCAAUUAUUGUGACAACGCCUCAGGAAAUGGCGCUAGAAGACGUCCGGAAAGAGGUAACUUUCUGUAAGAAAACUGGGAUACCGAUUAUUGGGAUUGUGGAGAAUAUGAGCGGGUUUGUGUGUCCCAAUUGUGCCGAGUGUACAAAUAUAUUCUCUUCGGGAGGUGGAUUAGCGCUAGCAGAACUGGCAAAAGUGCCUCACCUGGGGACACUGCCGAUUGAUCCACGCGUUGGUGGAUUAGGUGGUACGGGAAAGGCAUGCGUAAAUGAAUUACCAGAUUGUACCACGUCACACGUGCUGAGAGACAUUGUUAAGGUUUUAACAGAAGAAAAGCAAUAA